AUGGCCUCCACACCUGCAAGCAUUCAUGCAGUCUCUCCAAAAGUCGGGCUAUCGACCGAGCAGUCGAUCAUGGAGGACAUCAAGGCCAGUCAUGCCCAAGAUUUCGGAACCAACGACGCCAUUGUUUCUGCAUCUUAUUUCCAAAAGAUCGUCGCCGAGCUUGUGGGCACAUACAUUCUGAUAUUUGCUGGAUGUGGGGCUGCUCUUGUAGACCAAGUGCAGAGACUCAACAUUGUGGGUAUAGCCAUCGUGUGGGGCGUAGUUCUGAUGGCAAUGAUAUAUGCGGUCGGACACAUCUCUGGUGCGCAUUUUAACCCUGCGGUCACGUUCGCGCUAGCUGUUUCCACCAAGUUUCCCUGGAAACAUGUGCCAGUGUACGUGUUGUCCCAGUUAAUUGCUGCAACACUUGCAAGCCUGACACUGAAAGUGUUGUUCCAUGACCUGGACAAUAUCCAAGCAACCAUGACUCAAUACAAGGACACAACUUCUGAUCUAGAGGCUAUUGCAUGGGAAUUCAUAAUAACUUUCACUCUGAUGUUCACAAUCUGUGCUGUCGUAACUGAUCACAGAGCGAACAAAGACAUCGGUGGAGUUGCGAUCGGGGGUACACUGCUGUUCAAUGUUAUGAUUGCAGGGCCAAUCACGGGAGCUUCAAUGAAUCCUGCGAGGAGCAUAGGCCCCGCAGUUGCCUCUGGUGUUUACAAGAAUCUCUGGGUCUUCAUCGCGGCACCUAUUUUCGGAGCAUGUGCAGCAGCAAUGGUGUACGGUGUACUUAGAGUACCUCAAGCAGAAAGAUCUGUGGAAAUCACCAGAAAUGUUUACAAUGAUGCUUAUGAUCCUUAG